CGGGACGGGCGAGGAGACUGCGAGGGUGGGAAGACUGGGACUUGGAGCCCUGCCUUCAAAAGAGAAAGUCCCCCUAACUGCCCACCAUGGCUGCAGAGGCUGGGCCCGACCAAGCAGAAAGUCGUAUAUUAGAGAUUCCCAAGCAAGAUUUUUCUCAAGAAGCAAAAACUCUCAUUGCCCAACACUAUAAGAAAAUAAAUGAGAAUAAAGUUCCAGGUACUUCUAUAAAUGUCUUUAGAAAUAAACAUCAGAAACCGAAAUCUAGCAAAUUCAUACCUUUGGAGAUCAAAAAAAAGGAAACACUUGAUAUGGUCCAAGAACUUCAGGCAGCGUACAAAAUGAUUUGUUUUCCCAAAGACUGUUCCAAAAGUGGACAUUCUGAGGAGGCCCCAUCACGAACUUCUUUCAAGGAGCCACACAUUUUCAAUGUAAAAAAAAAAUACAAGGGGUCUAUAGAUCUAACUGUGAAAGAACAAGUUAAACUGGGUAAAAUAGUGACUAAUAUUGAUUCCGUGAGUAAAAAAAUGGAGAAAGAGAAGCAACAGCACCAUGCGAAGACCAGAAUGGUGGACUCAUUUUGUGCCUUCCCCAUCAUCAACCUUGGCUUGCACUUACGACCCAUGACCUCCUCUUCCAUGGGGCUUUUGAAAGAAAAUGAAAAGUUUUAUCAAAAAAGAACAACAGUCUGUCAAGCCAGAAUCAAAGCCACAACCCAGGCUCAACUGAUUCAACACGUUCAAGUAAUGUCUUCAGGAUGUGCUCUCCUUUCAUUCAUUUUAAAUCUCUGCUUGCCCCUGUUUGGCCUUAAAACCUCUUACUACAGACUUUUUCUCCAUGUGGAAUUUAUAACUCCUGUCUCAGACUUUCUGCUCCUUCCUGGGUAUCUUCACUGGGAUAUCCCAUAACCGUCUCUCAAAAUUGAAAUAAUUAUGUUUUCCCUUCCCCAUGUCUUCUCUCCUAUAUUCCCUAUCUCAGCUAGUAAUGACACUAUCCACCCUACCACCCAAGACUGCCCAGUCAGCCUAUAUUUCUCUACCUUGUUUACAAAGAUUUUAUGAGAAUCUUGAAAU